GGAGGAGGGAAGCGGGAGAGGGGUUAAGAACCCGUGUUCGUUCGGAUCCUUGGAAUCGGACACAGGCCGUGGAGAUCGGUUUGGGGUGGGAGGGCGGCUUUGGUCGAUUCCAUCUCGCGCAGGUGCCCUUCGAGGAGUCUCGGUCUGAUAUGGCAUUGGGUUUUGUGUAUAUCAGCCUUUGAAGAUAUAGAAAGAGUUGGAAAUGUUGAUUAUCAAAGUGAGGCCAAUAGUUUGUAAGAAGAAAUCAGAAACUUAUGGUUUGGUCUCUUGAACUAAAGUAUUCCCAAAUUAUUGGUAAUUAAGACCUGAUGGUGGAAAAAUGAAUUCUAUAGGAAGACUAGGGUCUAUGACAGAUACCUCCAAUGUAAUUUUGAUUUUUUCAGAGCUGUUAUCCUAAUUCACUUAAGGUGCUGGGAGCCUUUAUUGAAUUGCAUUCGGGAAGAAUUGCUCCUCAGGAACAUAAUGUGGUUAAGUCUCUUCCUCGAUUACAGCAUUCCCUUGUGCAGCUUCGUUUUUUAACCUUCACAUGCAUGAAUUUGAACUUUGACCUGCAACUUGGAAGUUAAGAAGCAUAAUUGCUUUCUUUAUCAUAGACCACAUAUAUAUAAUACUAUUAGGUCACCAAAAGGAAUGGAUGCUUUUGAAGAGAGCUUUUGGUGGGGUAAACAUUCUUCUGGUAUGGCAGAGUUCUGGAGUUCUCUUGGUGUCUAUUUAAUAUCUGCAUUUAUUGGGAUUUUGUCUUUGGUUUACUUGUUGACCGUAUGGCGGCGGACUCUCAGUUUAAACUGGAUGAAGGCUAUAGCCAGGACAAGGAAGCGUAGAAAAGCAAAGCAUAAGGUUCCAGGUGUUGCUCAUAGUUGGAGCGCAGAAUCUGGUUCUCAUGCGAAAGGUCUAAAAUGUUGUGUGUGCUUGGAGGAUGUGGUACCACCUCAACCUCUUGGACAGAUGAUGACUACGAAUAGUUCAGUAUACCUGUGUGAUGUUUGUGGCGCUGCUGCACACUUGGCAUGCUCUUCAAAGGCACACCAAGAUUGCAAAUGUGUCUCCAUGAUAGGUUAUAAACAUGUAAUCCACCAAUGGACUGUACAAUGGACAGAAGCAGCUGAUCAAACUGAAGAAACUCCUUGCUGCAGUUAUUGUGAAGAGCCUUGCAGUGGAUCUUUUCUUAGUGGCUCUCCAGUUUGGUGUUGUAUGUGGUGCCAACACCCCGUACAUGUGGAUUGUCACAUAAAUAUGGCUAAUGAAACAGGUGAUAUUUGUGACCUAGGACCAUUUAGGCGCCUUAUCUUGUCACCACUCUUUGUGAAGGACUUGAGCAAGACUGAAAAAAGUGGUUUCCUGAGCUCUAUAACACAUGGGGCAAAUGAACUGGCAUCUACUGUACGGGGACAUAUUAUGAAUCAGACUAAAAAGUACAAGCAUGACAUGGAAAUUUCUGUUGAUUCUGCUGAUAACAAUAGUACAAAUGGCUCAUCUAAGGAUAGCAUAGCAGAUUCUCACUCAGUGUCUAAGGGCUCCCUUGGUAAUGGUGAACAUUGUAAUGGAGUCACUGAAGCUGGGAAUCGCCAUCAAGGUGGUGAUAGUGAUCAUGAAGAUGUGAUGAAGGCGGAGCCGAGAAGAAGUGCCUCAUUUACUAAAAAAAAAGAUUAUCAUAAUCUGGUGAACAACCAAAAAUAUGAAUUCGUCGACAUACCUUCUGAUGCCAGACCACUACUUGUUUUCAUUAAUAAGAAAAGUGGUGCACAACGUGGUGACUCAUUGAGACGUAGGCUGCACAUUCUUUUGAACCCUGUACAGGUCUUUGAGUUGAGUUCGACAAAUGGGCCAGAGGCAGGAUUAUCUUUAUUCAGAAAGGUACCCCACUUUAGGAUACUUGUAUGUGGUGGAGAUGGUACAGUUGGUUGGGUGCUUGAUGCCAUAGACAAACAAAACUAUGAAUCACCUCCACCUGUUGCAAUUCUUCCAGCUGGCACAGGCAAUGAUCUUGCAAGAGUUUUGUCCUGGGGAGGUGGUCUUGGGGCUAUCCAAAGACAAGGAGGUCUAUGCACAGUUUUGCACCACAUAGAGCAUGCUGCAGUCACCAUUCUUGAUAGGUGGAAGAUAACAAUAGAAGAUUUGCAAUCUAAGCAUGUCCAUCCCCCGAAAUUUAUGAAUAACUAUCUAGGGAUUGGAUGUGAUGCAAAGGUUGCCCUAGACAUUCAUAAUCUUCGUGAAGAAAACCCUGAAAAGUUUUUCAAUCAGUUCCUAAAUAAGAUGCUUUAUGCAAGAGAAGGUGCAAAGAACAUCAUGGACAGGACAUUCGCAGACCUACCUUGGCAGAUCAGAUUAGAGGUUGAUGGAGUUGAAAUAGAGGUUCCUGAGGACGCAGAAGGAAUACUUGUUGCAAACAUUGGAAGUUAUAUGGGAGGUGUUGACUUAUGGCAAAAUGAGGAGGACAACAAUGACAAUUUUGAUCCUCAGUCAAUGCAUGACAAGAUGAUAGAAGUUGUCAGUAUCAGCGGGACUUGGCAUCUGGGGACGCUUCAGGUUGGGCUUUCUCGAGCUCGGAGACUAGCACAAGGCCAGCUAAUUAAGAUUCAGUUAUUUGUUCCAUUCCCUGUUCAAGUUGAUGGGGAGCCUUGGAUUCAGCAGCCAUGCACAUUAGCAAUAUCUCAUCAUGGCCAGGCUUUCAUGUUGAAGAGAGUAUCAGAGGAGCCGCUUGGUCAUGCCGCUGCAAUAAUAACCGAUGUGCUAGAGAAUGCUGAAAGCAGCCAUGUGAUCACUGCCUCACAGAAACGGGCCCUUCUACAGGAGAUGGCACUAAGGCUUUCAUAGUACCUGGGCAAAUAUCGAUGGCUAUUGGACACCUUAAUAUCCUUUCCUCCAUGAAGUUGAAAUCAUAAAUCAUACUGUGGUUUUUGUAGAUAUCAGAAAAUUCUUGUACAUUAUACAUAACAUCUUUGUUCUUUAGUUUGUAUGUUUUCUUUAUACGUGUCACUUACAGCUGCCUAUAAUUAGUAUCAUGGAGGCUUGACAUUGGAUCUAUGUCCAUUUCCUCCUUAUGCUUGUGGGCUCGUUGCAGAGUCCAUGUGAAAUUGUAUUUUACAGUUCAAAACUUCUAAGACUUGAUACUGUCUUUUCCA